CACAGUUGAUAUCCUCAUGACGUCACUUAUGUUGGUAUUUCGUGUGUGGAACAUUGUGGUCUUUUAUGAAGUCGCAGUAGGAGUUAUGGUAGCACAUGGUAGCCAGUUGUGAUGGUUUUAAUUAAAAGUUAGUCAGAAAAUGGUUUUUGAAACAAGUCAAGAAAGACAUCGACCUGGCGUACUAAAACAACAGAAUAAAGCACAUAAGCACGGUAGGCACAGAAGUAAAGGCGCCAUUGACAGUGCUAUAAAAGGGAGAACUUCAGCUAAAGUUUUCACUAAGAAAGCACGUCAUGAACUUCGUAAAGAGGAAAGAAGGAAUAAAGCUUCCCAAAUAAGGCAGAAGAAACGGGAUGAAAUUUUAUUCAGAAAACGUUCUCUAGGUGGUGGAUCUUCAGCGCCCUUUCUUAUAGCAGUUAUUUCUUUGUGUGAUGACAUUGACCCUCUUGGUGCUGUGGAAUUUCUAAAGCAAGCAGAUGAGGAAGCAGUUGUUACACAGAGUCGUGAAGGAAUUUUACAUAUAAGCAUUCCUAGGUUCAAACAGCGGUUCUCAGUCAUGGUUCCUUUGCAUGGAGAUUUGUAUAGCAUUCUGGAUGCAUUAAAAGUGGCUGACACAGUCCUUUUCCUGGUCUCGGCAUGUCAGCAACAUGGCGUGGAUGCAGUGGGAGAAAAGAUAUUGACCUCUUCUUUAGCACAGGGACUACCUUCCACCAUUGUGGCUGUAAUGGAUUUGGACAGCUUACCACCCAAGAAGCGACAUGAUGGAAAGCAGAAUCUUCAAAAAGCAUUAUCAUGUUGGUUGCCUGAUGAAAAAAUUAUGACUUUGAGCCAAUCCACUGAUGGACUGGCAAUUCUUCGGCGAACAGGAAGUCAGAAGCAGCGUUCUGUUAACCACCGUGAUGUACGACCCCAUCUUUUUGCAGAAAUUGCGGAUUACACUCCAGAUGCUGAGGGCUCUUUAGGCACUUUGAAAGUGACUGGCUAUGUGCGCUAUCAACCCAUGUGUGUCAAUUCCCUUGUCCACAUCCCAGGCUGGGGAGAUUUUCAGAUGUCUCAGAUUGAUGCUGCUGAGGAUCCACAUCCAUUGGAGAAAGGAAGGAAAGGAGGCAGAAAAGAUGUCAAUGAAACAAUGGAUGAAGAUGAGAGGGUGUUGGAAAUUGCUGAUCCCGUGAUACAGGAGUCACUUCAAACUGAAAACAUCCCAGAUCCUAUGGAAGGUGAACAGACAUGGCCUACUGAGGAGGAACUUGCAGAAGCUGAGGAGCAGUCUAGAGCUAUGAAACGCAGAAUAAAGAAGGUACCAAAGGGAAUGUCAGAGUAUCAGGCAGCUUGGAUACCUGACAGUGAUGCAGAGGAAGUUGAUAUUAGUGAAGAUGAUGAGUGUGGUAUGAAUGUUGACUUGGAUGCAGUGAGCGAAGAAAACACCUCUGAUGGAGAACAGGCCGAUGAAGGGGAAUUUGAUACUGUGACGAUGACUGACUUUGGUGUUGAUGCUGAACGAUAUGAUGAAAGAAUGGACUUGAUGGAGGAGGAAGAGACUAUGAAGAAGAUUAAGGAAGCACGAAUGGAGCAACUCUUCCCUGAUGAGCUUGACACUCCAAUGGAUACUCCAGCAAGGGUCCGUUUUCAGAAGUAUCGUGGUCUUAAGUCAUUUAGAACAUCCCCAUGGGAUCCCAAAGAGAAUCUUCCAAGUGAAUAUAGCAGGAUAUUCCAGUUUGAGAACUUUGAUCGCACACGCAAAAGGAUUAUGAAGGAGGAAUCAAAGGAAGGAGUUUUGCCUGGUUGGUAUGUCACUGUUCAUGUCAUCGGAGUUCCACAGCAUCUGUUUAACUCUCGUCGGCCGAAUCAACCACUUGUUCUAUGUGGAAUGUUGCCACAUGAACAAAAAAUGUCUGUUCUGAACUUUGUUGUCAGGCAUCCAAAUGUUGGAAAGCACACACAGCAGCCAGUCAGAGCAAAGGAGCAACUAAUCUUCCAUUGUGGUUACAGGAGAUUUAAAGCAUGCCCUAUUUUUAGUCAACAUACUAAUGGCACUAAACAUAAAUAUGAACGAUUCUUCCGGCCAGAAGGUACUGUGGUAGCAAGUGUUUUUGCUCCAAUUAUGUUCCCACCAAGCUCUGUGUUAGUGUACAAGGAGAUGAAAGAUCAUUCUCAGGAACUAGUUGCAACAGGACACCUGCUGUCUGUGAACCCAGACCGAAUUAUUGCAAAGCGUGUUGUACUGUCAGGACAUCUGUUUAAAGUGAACAAGCGUUCUGCAGUUGUAAGAUUCAUGUUCUUCAACCGCGAAGAUAUAGAAUGGUUUAAGCCAGUAGAAUUGAGAACAAAAUAUGGGCGGAGGGGACAUAUUAGAGAACCCUUAGGUACUCAUGGUCAUAUGAAGUGUGUGUUUGAUGGACAGCUGAAAUCUCAAGACACAGUGCUGAUGAAUAUUUACAAACGUGUAUUUCCAAAGUGGACAUACGAACCAUAUGUAAAUGUGCCACAGUCACUGUAUGAUUCUUUGGUUGUUGGUUGUGAUGAAAGUAUGAAUUAAUUGUGAUUAUGUAGACAUGUCUACAUAUGUUUUUAAUAACUAAUAAAAUUUUUGGAGAACAAAGUGUA